GAAAAUUGACAGGUCCCGCAACAAUGGCCGAUCUCUCAAGACCAAAGGGUAUCACCAUUCUUCGCAGACUCCGCUGUCCAGUCCCGCUAUGCGACGACGUGAGUCGCCCACCUCCUCGAGAUGAAGAUGAAUAUGAACCAGCAAGGGUAGCUCAAAUUUAAUUCAUGCUAAAGUAUAACGCCCUGGGUGUGCCAAGACAGGGGAAAUCUGCCGAUCGGGACGAGGGUGAUGCCGCCCUGUGCUCACCCUGGUCGCGCCCGGGUCAGGGGGGGAAGACGCCGGCCGCCUUGGCACUGCGAGGCCCCACGCCGAACUCGGCUCACCCUGGUGGAGAUCGACCUGAUCCCCGUGAUUGGCGUUUCGGGGUCACGGCCGUGUUAGGUAGCCUACUCGCACUCAAGAGCGGCGUCGUUAAUUCUACGCUUUCACGUGGGCGCGGAUCGGACAGACUUUCGCCCUCGAAGGGGUUCUUUCUUCUCAGCGGGCAGUGACUCUCAUCUGCUUUUCCGAGUCGAAACGACUCCUACGGAGCUGUGAAUGGGAUAGGAGAUAUAUUGACGCAUUCUUCCAUUCUUCCAUCCAGUUCUCUUAACGCCGGCCGUCCAGCCCCUCGCCGCUUCGACUCGGUCGCUCGUCCAACUUGACCACUCGGAGCUCUGCCUACCCUCCUUCCUGUGAGCCCUUCUCGCCGAGCGAGGACUUUCGACGAACCCUGCUUAUCUUCCACCUUCCGAAGUGAACGCUGGCCUCCUUGAGCGAUCAAGCGGGCUCAUAACUAUCCUCCUACCGCGAAACUGGGCCGCUCGCCAUGGCUCUAAACAUUGUAUAUAUGACCUCUCUCGGUGUCAGGAGAUUGGUGAUACUCUCAACGUGGGAGCCUAUCUCCUUCUAGGCUAUAUCGUGGGAUAUGGUCAGGUCAGAAGAUUGCUGGCGUGGUGAUGGUGGUGAUGCUGCCCUUCUCGGGAGCCGACCUCAGCAUCCUUUGCCUGGAUUGCACAUGGAUCACGACGGAACGGUCAAGACUCGUUGUACACCUGUUGCUGGCAGAAGCCUGGUCAUCGACCAAUGGCAGAAAUGCCUCACGGGUCGGUGUGCAGGCAACUGAGACAGUGGGAAGGCGGAGACGCGCCAACUUUGAAGAACGGACUUCGGCAAAGGUCAAUAUCAUUGGCAAUCGAAUUGUUAACAGGCUCGAAUUCUGCCUGACAGACGGGAAGUCAACAUGUGGAAGCGGGCUAGAAGCCGCCCACGAAGCGACUUGGCUCGGGGCUGAGUCAAGGAGACAGAUAGGGGAGUGGGCGUGCACUGCCCUUCCACCCUGCAGACCCACUGGACAGACAGGAUGUAUGCAUCGAAGGGAGAGCGAGGGAGCCGUAACCGGACGUGUGACUCGGCUACGGUAAAGGGUGCUUCUCUACAGCAACGCGAUCGAACCCCGUGACUUUGAGCAUCCCGAAAUCCGAAAUCGACUCGAAUCGACUUUUGAGAGGCAGGGAUUCAGAGCACAUAGCACAUGGAAGAGAGGACUCAAAUUCGACCGGGCCAGAACGAAAGGAACGGGAGAAGAAGUGGAAAUGGGAGUGAAAGAAAGAGGGAAGGGAAUACCGGGCUUCGAAACAUCACUCAGCAAGGAAGUUGAGGGCGAGAUAGCAACGGUCACGGGAUUAGGCCCAGCCUCUCCUCAGAACUGCAGGGAGUCGAUCCGGAGACGGCGCCACGGACUCAGAGACAAUACAAACCCGGGCCAGCACUCGAUGAAUUACGGCGCUACGAUCUAAAGGAAGUGACUGGGCAAUUAGAAAGUCGAAGGGGUUGAAGAAGGUUCAAAGUGGGUGUGACUACCGCUGUCCUGGCAUGUUUGUCGGAGGGGAAUGGAAAACAGUGCAGCUUUCAUUUUGAGGGUCAUUUACGCUUCUGUAAAGAGGUCAUGGUCGCCGGUUAGAGUUACUUUUGUUCUUGACAGGGAGGAAGGGUACGGGAGCUUGAGAAUGGAAGGUUUCUGGUUUGCGCAGAGUGGUUUUCUGGUUCUGGUAUAGACUUUCAAAUGUAGGUAAAAGUACGGAGUACGGAGUAUAGUACUCGCAGCCCGAGCCACAGACCUUCAGAUUCAGCAAAUGUUCGGCUAGUGCUCGCCCCGACUCCGACACCGAAAAUUACGGCGGAC